AUGCUUGUCCGCUCACUGCAGCUUUGUGCUGCCGCAUCUCUGACCGCUGCCACCAACCUCUUCGUCUCGGACUACUCUGGCGAUAUUUCCACUCUGUCCCUUACCGAGCAUGGUGGUCACUACUCUCUGUCAAAGACCUCUGUCAACCCCGGCUGCGCCCCGAACCCGUCAUGGCUUACUCUCGAUCCCAAUCGCGCGACUCUGUAUUGUCUUGAUGAAGGCCUUGAAGUCACCAAUGGCUCUCUCACGUCCUUCACCAUCGGCGACGAUGGCAGCCUGACCAAAGUCCACCGCGAAGAAACCAUCAGCGGUCCUGUCAGCGGCGUCAUCUAUGGCAACCCCGCCGAAAAGCGGUCGAUCGCAUUGGCACAUUACUCUGGCAGCGCACUGAGCAGCUGGGAUUUGGAUGUCAAUCGCACCGGCGGCUUUGCAUUCGAGCAGGACAUGCUUUUCAAUUUGACCAAGCCUGGUCCCAAUACCGAGAGACAAGAUGCUCCUCACGAGCAUGAAGCCGUCCUUGAUCCCACCGGCCAAUUCCUCGUUGUUCCCGAUCUUGGAGCCGAUCUCGUUCGCAUCUUCUCUUUUGACGCCAAGACUGACAAAGUGAAGGCUGAAAAGCCUCUUGCCGUUCUUCCUGGCUCUGGGCCCAGACAUGUCGCUUUCUAUCAGCCUUAUGGCGUCGUUGGCAAGAAAUCGACCAGUUUCAUGUUUUUGGUGUCCGAGUUGGCAAACACGGUGACUUCAUUUGCGGUCUCGUAUCCUUCUGCCGGCGGCAUGAGUUUCAAGCAAGUCUACAACACAACCUCGUACGGCGACCUUGUCGUUCCUGACGGCAAUGCCGCUGCCGAAAUAGCAGUUUCUGUAAGUCUUGCUGGGCCCCUUGCCCAUGAUAUUCUCUCUUACCACCAUACUGAUUCGCUGUACCACAGCNCCGACAACCGCUUCCUCAUCAUCUCCAACCGCAACAACACCUCCUUCCACAUCCCCAACCCCUCACCCCACAACAUCACUUCCAUACCCUCAGACUCGUUAUCCACCUUUUCCAUCAACAAAGAUGGUUCACUAAAGCAUAUACAACUCUGGCCCGCGGGAGGCAUGUUCCCGCGUCACUUUUCGCUCAACAAGUGGGGGGAUCUGAUUGCCGUGGGAUUGCAGUAUGAUAAGAGUGUUGUGGUGUUUGAGAGGGAUGUGGCAUUGGGUACGGUGGGCAAACCGGUGGCUAGAUGGGUGGGUGGAGGGAAUGUUACUUGUGUUGUUUGGGAGGAGUAG